CAGGUCGGCAGAAAUAUGAGCAUGACUCGCGUCACAAGUCAGAGGAUUUCGAGAGGAAGUCGGGAUUUGAAGAAAUAUAGCAAAUAAUUAACCGGGAGACACAGUUGUAUUUGACGUGUGUUUGAAAUUUGUCAUCAUAUGACAAAUAGGCUGGGCUAUUGCUACAAUGUAACAUUUAUGGCUGUCUAAUGUUAGUUGAUGAACUAACUCGUUAGCGGAUGUGCAGAUCUGACCUGGCUUGUUGAAGAAGACGCCGUUUACCACAGAGAAGCGUUAGCCAGCUAGCUAGUUUCCAGUAACUUUUUGAUGUGGUCUUACUCUUGUUAAGACUAAUACCUUCUAUUGAGGAAUAUCGUUAACGGGAGAAAGUUUGGGGACUGAAUCGGAUUUUUCUAGGUGUGACUGUACAUUGAAAAUGCCAAGGACGUUACCUGUUUCUGCCUGAAAAAGUCAUGGAAGUAACAGUACAAGUCGCUUGAAAAGUUUCCUCGAGCGAAAAUGAGACAUACGUGGGUUAGCGGGGGUUGCUACGUUAGGUAGCAAGAUUGCGAAGGCAACGUUAGCUCUCUUGGCACGGGGCUAAUAUUUGACUUGUGAAGUUAGACUGACAUGUUCACUUGUCGAAAGAAUAACGGUAUUAGGUCGAUAGCAUUUUAGGCGUUGGUACUUCAGCCGAUUUAACGGCGAGUUUCUUGGUGUAGUUAGAUAGGAUUAAAUUGUCUUAAAUUAUGCGCGAUUCAAACUCGAAUUUCGGUGUUCUUCACAGAACGUGCAAAUUGCUUGUCUUAUUCUGCUUCGUGUACAUAUCUGCCACUUUAGUUUACUAUGCCAAGUCCGUUAACUUUCGACUCGCAUUUCUGCAGAAUCAUCAAAGUCAUAUUAAAACAGAGCAUAAAUUCGAGGCGAAAGACGAUGGUGCGUCUGAGUAUAUAGUCACACUAGGGUCCAAUAUCUCCGAGCCCUCCGAGCCGGGGCACAAGACUCUGGGACAGUGCCCCGACCCCUCGCCUCUUCUGGUGGGGCCAUUGCGGAUCGAGUUCUCGUCUCCGGUGAGCCUGGAGACGGUGCGGCAUGAGAACGCUGCGCUGCGUGAGGGGGGGCGCUACUCGCCGCCGGACUGUGUGGCGCUGCAGAAGGUAGCCAUCAUCAUCCCGUUCCGCAGUCGCGACGAGCACCUCAAGUUCUGGCUCUACUACCUGCACCCCAUCCUGCGCAGGCAACAGCUAGACUACGGCGUCUACAUCAUCAAUCAGGCAGGUGAUGAGACGUUUAACCGGGCGAAGCUGCUGAACGUGGGCUAUGUGGAGGCGCUGAAGGAGUACGACUACGACUGCUUCGUGUUCAGCGACGUGGACCUCAUCCCCAUGGACGACCGCAACAUCUACCGCUGCUACAGCCAGCCCAGACACCUGUCCGUCUCCAUGGACAAGUUCGGCUUCAGGUUGCCAUAUAAUCAGUACUUUGGAGGUGUAUCGUCCAUGAGCAAGGAGCAGUUCCUCAAGAUCAACGGCUUCCCCAAUAACUAUUGGGGGUGGGGGGGGGAGGAUGACGACAUCUAUAACAGGUUGAGUUCCAAGGGCAUGUCUAUAUCUCGGCCCAGCGGAGCCAUUGGGAAAUGCCGCAUGAUUCGCCACGACAGGGACAAGAAGAAUGACCCUAACCCACAGAGGUUCGACCGCAUCGCCCACACUCGGGACACAAUGCACAAAGACGGCAUCAACUCUCUGUCCUACAGCGUGGUGAAAGUGGAGAAGGACCUGCUCUACACCAAGAUCACCGUGGACGUGGGGAAGCCUACCAAAUAAUACACACACACACACGCACACACACACACACACACACACACACACACGGAGGACCAUAUGCCUCCCUGUGAAUGUUCUAAUCCAAGGUGCCUUGCUCGUGUGAGAGUGAAACAGUGGACUGAAGUAUGACCAAGCGUGGACCGCGACGGUGUGUGUGUGAGCGUGGAAUGCAACAGCGUGUGUGUGUAUGAGUGUGUGAUUUUGUAACGCCUAGACACACUCUCAGCGGGACACUGGACGCUCCUGAGGCAUCGUGACCUCCGAACUCUGACCUUUGCACAUAUGACUUUGACUUGAAAGAUGGGAUGUGCGCUUCUCCUCCCAAUAAGUUUGUGUGUGUUUGUGUGUGAGGGGGGUUUUCCUCUUUACUGAAAGUAAUAAUUUGUUCAGCCACGCUGACAUGAGCCAUUGACACACACACACACACACACACACACACACAUACAUACACACACACACACACACACCUGCCAACUGUGUGUGUGUGUGUGUCUGCUGGCAGUGCAUGUGCCUUUCUUUUACCUUUCUGUCCACUGCCAGUGGCAGGUGUGUGUGUGUGUGUGUGUGUGUGUGUGUCCAAGUGUCCAAGUGUCCUUUGUAGCCCACAGUGUCUGUUAAGCCACAGGAUGGCCAGGUUCCUGCUCCGGGCAGGUGAGACGGAUGGGAAGGUCAGUCAGAGAGGGGUGGGGAGAGGACAGCACUUCUCCCUCUCAAACCAAAGUGCCUCAACUCCUCUCCGACCUAUAGCUGUUAAACACGCUCUCUCUCUCUCUCUCUCUCUCUCUCUCUCUCUCUCUCUCUCUCUCUCUCUCUCUCUCUCUCUCUCUCUCUCUCUCUCUCUCCCCCCCUCUGUCCGUCUCUGUAAAAGAGCCCACCUCAGCACAUAAUGGAACGGAGGGGGGUCCAUGUUACUGGUCUUUAAUUGUUUGUUCUUACAACAUGCCUCCCAGCCAAGUGUGUGUGUGUGUGUGUGUGUUUUGAUAAGCACAGCAACUGGCUAGCUGCUGAAGGCUAGCAGUGGUAUGUGUAAACAAGGCACAAAGUCCACGUGACCCGCAAAGUGUGUGUGUGCAGACUUGCGGAGUCUCUUUUUUAUUAUUUUCAGGGUUUUUGCCCAUAAGCCAAUCAGCUGCCUCAGCCACACACUCACACACUCUCUCUCUCACACACACACACACACACGCACUCGCUCGCACACACUAAUAAAAACACUUACCACCAACCUCCUGCUGAAGCCAUAUGCUGUAGUUCUGCAGAGAGCACGCUCGCCAAACAAACACGACCUUCAGAGAUUUUGUGUGUGUGUGUGUGUGUGUGUGUAUGCGCACAUGUGCUGCCCCUGUGGAGAAGUCCAGCUGAACCAGACUUUUGAAUGUAACAUUGCUUGUGUGUGUGUGUGUGUGUGUGGACAGGAUGUACAGAAUCUUUACGAAUCUUCACUUUUCCAGAUGCCCAGUCAUUACUUCACCAGAUCUGGCUGCUACAACUCUCUCUAGACCCAUAAACACACGCACACACACACACAAGGCCCACUGGAAAAGUUAUGCUGGAUCUGGACAGUCACACACAGACACACACACACACACACAUCUAACCAGCUCUGAGAAGUAUGCUUCUUUUUGCUGACAUGCAGACUUAUCUUGAUGAGAGGUUUGUACCUGUUUAGGUAGAAGCCACUCAUUCACAUUCACACACGCACACACACACGCGCAUGCACGCACAUACACACACGCACGUUGGCCUGGAGUGGUUUGGCUGGAGUGAAGUUUUUGUUCUUGUAAAUGUUCCAAUUUGGGCUGAUGAGCCUGAGGACAAGGGCUUUAUCUAAUGCCUGCACGUUUGAGUAUGUGUGUGUGUGUGUGUGUGUGUGUGUGUGUGUGUGUGUGUGUGUGAGAGAGAGGAGCACGGAGGUGAUGAGAUAUUGUGCUCCAAGGCGGAGGAAGCUGGCUUAUCUGCGUUGUGUGUGUGUGUGUGUGUGUGUGUGUGUGUGUGUGUGUGUGUGUGUGUGUGUGUGUGUGUGAGAGAGAGAGGAGCACGGAGGUGAUGAGAUAUUGUGCUCCAAGGCGGAGGAAGCUGGCUUAUCUGCGUUGUGUGUGUGUGUGUGUGUGUGUGUGUGUGUGUGUGUGUGUGUGUGUGUGUGUGUGUGUGUGUGUGUGUGUGUGUGUGUGUGUGUGUGUGUGUGUGUGUGUGUGUGUGUGUGUGUGUGUGUGUGUGUGUGUGUGUGUGUGUGCGUGCUCUGAGGCCGUGGUAGCUGGGUUAUCUGCACGCUCCUCGGACGCCACUCCUGACCAGUUCUCCAGUGCUGCCCGGAACCGUCGCCCGGACUGGACGGAAUGUCUGGACGGUGGUGGCCCUCCGGUGUGUUGGUCUCACUCUGGUUCCUAUCAAAAGUGCUGAGUAUCUGAUUGCUGUAUUUGAACAUGAAUCCAAAUCAUUGUUAAAGAUUAUAAUUUGUUUUGAAAUAAAGAUAUUUGAUUGUAA